AUGGCUUCCCCCUCUCUCAGCGACCUGGAACAGCGGAAUCGGCUCCCGACCCUGUUCGAGGUCCUCAGUCGUCGCACGCUGGCUCCUGUCGAUCUCUUUUCAUUCUACAUUUACAUGCGGGACCAGCAGCGCUCGGUCGACUACCUGGAUUUCUGGUUGGAUGUUUCUCAGCACAUGUCCCUAUGCCGUCACUAUGUCCGCGAAUUGCGCCGUUCUGUGCUAGUAGCGACACCCGACCUGGAGAAGGCGGAUAGUAAGGGCUCGUCGGCGGCUUUGGAAACCAUCGAGAACUUCGGAGACAUCCCUCUUGUGGAAGCUGGACCGUCCGGAACGCGCCGUGGUCUACACGAUGUAGAAGAUAGAGAUGCGGAUCAAAGGCUGUCGGCAUUCCUGCGUUCUGAUGGACACACAUCUGGCCAUUCCCCCCAAAACAGUAUAGGAUCGCAAAAUGCUGCCCCCACGCCGUCAAAUGAACAACAACCUCGUGAAAGCUCUGGAACUCGGAAUGACUCAAUCUCGCCGGGAAACACAGUUGCACGCGCUGACAUUCGUGCAAGUGCGGAGAAGAUUCUGUAUACGUAUCUCCUACCUGGAGCAGAGAGGGAGAUCGUCCUACCUGAAGAGAUGGUGUCCACAAUCAUAAACCUCAUUGAAGACGAUGGCCGAGACGACCCAGAAGUAUUUGACCCCGCCAAAGACUAUGUAUUCCAAGCAAUGGAACGUGAUGCAUUCCCAGGGUUUUUGCAGGCAAAGGCCCUCGGUAACCUUGUACCACUGACCAUUCUCGCACGCUUGGCCUUGGCUCUCAUCAGUUUUGGUGGAGGCUUCUGGGGUGCUUUCUAUGUCGUUCUUCGUAAUAAACCUCGACAUAUCCGUUGCUGGUUGAUUCUACCGUUUGUUGUGGCCUCCUACUUUAUAGUUUCGUACCAGUACAAACUUGAUCCGGUGAUGGCAAUACUCGGGUACAGCGAAUAUACAUUCAUGAACUGGUCUCCGAUCCGCGAGCCCUACGUGCGGAAACUCCUGAACAAACGGGCUACCGCAACGCUAUUCACUGCCCUUUUUGUUGCCACCUCCUUGAGCGUUCUAUUCAUUUUCGUUCCUGGCACUAUGCUCUGA